AUGGGGACGUACCAACGAUUAGGGUGCCCCUUCCAAGUGAACACAAAACUAUUGUGUACGUUCCUCCUCUUACUACUACAUGGGGUCAUUUUUAUGAACGUCCAAACAAUAUGUGCAAUUAAGCUGGAUGAAAAAAAAUUUAUUUGUGGAAGGAAUAAGGCAUUCAGGAAAGGGGCUCACCAACAGAAAUGCAGACAACUCAGAAAGGUUACAACCUCCUUGUACAUUUUACCCCCAUCAAAAUGUACACAUAUGGGAAGUACAAAGAAAUAUAAAAAGGGUACACACUUUGUACCUAUUCGAGAUGGAUCAAGUGAGAUGUGCACCUCGGAGGUAUACCAAAUUAGGAGAGAAAUAUUUUCACAUAAGAAAAUAAAAGAUAUACUUGAACGGAUGAUAAUGAAGAGCGUCACUGAGGGACGUCUCAAUCAGUUCAACAGCUUUUCCUACCUGUACAGUGUUGAUGAAAUAUAUGAGCAAAUUAAAAAACUAAAAUGUCUUUAUGACCAGUGUGAUGAUUUAGAGGACCUACCGCAACUGUUCGGAGUGCCUAUCAUUUUAAAAGACAAUAUUUGCACAAAGAAUAUUCCAACCACAUGUGGUAGUAAAAUUUUAGAAAAUUAUAAACCAUCCUAUGAUAGUACUGUUGUAAGAAGGUUAAAAAAAAAUGGAGCCGUAAUUGUGGGGAAGACUCAUUUAGAUGAAUUUGCAAUGGGAUCUUGUACAGGAAGGGAUGUGAAAAAUCCUUUCAAUGAAAAUGAUUUAUCUUGUGGUGGAUCAUCUGGCGGAUCAGCUAGUUGUGUAGGUUCUAGAAUUAUGAAUUGUUCAGUGAAUACGGACACCGGAGGAUCCAUUCGAACCCCAGCUGCGUUAUGUGGAUGCAUAGGGAUGAAACCUACUUAUGGAAGGAUAAGUAGAUAUGGCAUCAUCCCUUAUAAUGAAGAAACUGAUGUUGUAGGACUCAUAGUAAACAAUGUUUAUGAUUGUAGCAUCCUUUUAGAUGUGCUUUCAGGAGGUGAUAAAAAUGAUCUAACUACUCUUAAAGGGAAAGAAAAAAAUUUUCAUUUCAAGUUAAAAAAGUUUGAAACUUCUCCCAAUUUUUGUGAAAAUAAAUGUCCAUUGAGAGGAAUGAAAUUUGGUUACCUAAGUGAGGAACUUUUAAAAAAAAAAUACUUUGUAGAUAAUUUGACGUAUCAAAAUUAUGAACAGGUCAGGCAAAAUAUUGAACAAAUGGGAGGAACUUUUAUUAAUACAGAUUUGUAUCAGUUAAGUGAUUACUGUUAUAUAUAUUAUUUGUAUUCCAUGACAAUGGCAAAUAGCAAUAUCUCAAGAAUGAAUGGGAUAAACUACAAUCUUCAUAAUGAAUUAGAAAAAAAAAAUUUUGUUAGACAUGUAAGAUCCACUCUGAUCAGUGAAAAGGUGUUAACGAGAAUUAUUGGUGGAUCCAUAAUUUCGUCUUUUUUCCCAGAUGGUUCUUUACGACACAUCUUUGCAAAUGUGAAGCGGCGGUUAAGUAGAGUACUCGAUGGAAUUUUUGGCCAAGUAAAUUUUUUAUUACUUCCUUCCUUACCAAGGUCAAACAAUUUGAAAGAGUCCUUAAGCACCCCUCAUGGGGGUAGCCCAGAUUUAGAAAAGGAUACAGCCCAGAAGGGGCAGCAUUCUUCAACCAAUUCACAUACUGAUCGUACGUUGCAGAAUGAAAUACCACCCACCCCUGAAAGAUAUAACAACUACAUGAAAGAAAUAUUUUCCGUCGUGUCAUCAAUCACAGGACUCCCAAGCAUUGUCAUUCCAACGGGGAAGUUUACCCCACAGUUGAAUGAACCCCAUUCCUUUCAACUGCUAAGCACAAGCUUGAACGAGGUGGGUCUGCUCAAAGUUGCUUUGGCUUAUAAGAGACAAAUGCAGGUGGACAAAAGGAUAAUGGAAAACUUAAGGCGAGUUGGUCGGACAGUUGGGUGA